UGUAGGUCAACGGUAGCCCAAUGGGUUCUUAACCCUGUCCCUUCUCUUUGAUCAGUAACCCUACCCUUUCUUCUUUUUCUUCUUCUUCUCAUUAGCCAGAGCUCGCAGCACCACCACCAGCACCACCACCAGCACCGUUCUAUUCUUCUUCCACAAUGGGUAUCUCUCGCGAUUCCAUGCACAAGAGGCGCGCCACCGGCGGCAAGAAGAAGGCUUGGAGGAAGAAGAGAAAGUAUGAGCUUGGGAGGCAGCCAGCAAACACAAAGCUAUCAAGCAACAAGACGGUGAGGAGGAUUAGGGUUCGCGGUGGAAACGUGAAGUGGCGUGCUUUGAGGCUUGAUACCGGGAACUACUCUUGGGGGAGUGAGGCUGUGACCCGCAAGACAAGGAUUCUUGAUGUUGUGUACAAUGCAUCCAACAAUGAGCUUGUUCGGACUCAGACGCUGGUCAAGAGUGCCAUUGUUCAGGUCGAUGCAGCGCCCUUCAAGCAGUGGUAUCUGCAGCAUUAUGGCGUUGAGGUUGGCCGCAAGAAGAAGAGUGCAGCAGCUUCUGUCAAGAAGGAAGGGGAGGAUGGUGAAGCUGCAACUGAGGAGGUGAAGAAGAGUAACCAUGUUGUGAGAAAAUUGGAAAAGCGAAAGCAGAACCGGGUGCUUGAUCCUCACAUUGAAGAACAAUUUGGAGGUGGUCGCCUUUUGGCUUGUAUCUCAUCUCGACCUGGCCAAUGUGGCCGUGCUGAUGGAUAUAUAUUAGAGGGCAAAGAGCUGGAAUUUUACAUGAAGAAGCUUCAGAAGAAGAAGGGCAAGGGUGCUGCUUAAGAUAUUGUCUCUCUUCCUACUCGUUGUAUCAGAAUUUCAUGAAGCUCUUAACUAUCCACCAACAGAUUAUCGGUUUUGCUAGGAACUCUAUUUUCUUUGGGAGGGAAGGGUUUAUGGGUGUAAACAUGACCGAGAACUUUUAUUUGUUUACUUAUAGUGAGUCCUGUUUAAAUUGAUUAUUUCCACCAUUACAAUUUUCUAGUGCAUUGACUUUCUUUCCUUGCAUUUCUUUAGAGCAGACAGAGUACUUGGAAUUAUUUACAUUUGCCCUUUAUAAGUUCUUAAAAUGAGUAGUUCUUUUGAUUUC